AUGCACUUAGAAUCCUCAAACCUUCGUUUUCCUCUUUCUGUGUAUGGUUGUUCCAUUUUCUUUAGCCCUAUUGCUUUUGUGUUUGACCUUUUUCUCUAUCUCUGUCUUUGUUCCCAUGCAGGAUUGCUGUUUCAUAGGAGUAGAAAUGGGAAGCACCGGUCGGAUUCGACAUCACCUGCGGAGAGCCCAAAGUCGACAUCACCUGAACUACUUGCUUGCCCACUGGAUAAUACAUCGGAUGCCAGAGUUAUACUAAUAGAUGAACCUGUUCCUACUGUAUCAUCAUCUCUUAUCGCUAAUAAUGACAGAAAAGGAAAGGAAACUGAGAGGGAAAUGUUAUUAGAUGGUGGUACCACAGAUACUAAACCAAGGGUCCGGACGCGUGAAGAAAUUAUUGCUAAAUAUAGGAACACGGGGGAUGCUUCCACUGCCGCUGCACAAGCAAAAGAUAAACUUCUAGAACGCCAGGAGAAACUUGAGGUAAGCCCGGCUAAGGAUGGUGCUGGACGGAUUGGGAAGAUGCUUUUUGCAAGGCAGGGAAGGAAAUUUGAUUAUGAUCUAAAGCAUCUUCGGAUUGCUGGUGACCUUUUAAUGAAGUUGGGAGCUGGGAUAGAGUUAGAAACUGCACCUGUUCCACAUCUAUUUCUUCCAUUAGCUUGUGUUGCCAACGUCACCAAGAAUGUUGCUGUUGUCACAUCUACCUCAACUCGAAGGCCUUUGCUAAAGGAGAAAAUAUUGGAGAUGUGA